AUGCUGAUUAAACGCCAUUAUGCACCCAGGAUUCAAACAACAGUGAAUGGGUUAAUGUCCUGUGGUUUGACGCAGGAAUGGUUAAUAGGAGGACAGGCAGCAGGUGGAGAGACAUGCAGACUGAUGAGCAGCAGCAGCAGCAGUAGCAGAGGAGCCUCAGUGUGCUGACAGUCAGGGCUGAGCCGGAGAAAUAAGCAACGAUCGCCGCAGCUAAUUCAUCCCUGCAGCUGGCAGAAAUUGUUGUAAUUGCAGGAUACAGGCAGCUUCACAUUUGAAAGAAAAGCCUUAUAGAGCGCACAGGCAUGGUUUCUCCGUCUGCCUCUGUCGUUGAACGGGACGCCGGUGAAUAACACUUGCAGUCAAUUGCUGGAUAAAUGACUUGAGAAACUCUCGUCGAAGUCAGCGGACAGAGAAAGCGGUUUUAUGGGAAAUGAAUGUGACCGGGAAACAGCAACCUGAGCAGAUCGAGCGACCCGCCAGCCUUUUGGUUCCAACUUCGACAAAAUCUGGAAUUGCUUUGCUGUACAAUGAGGAGACCAACAAUACCUAUGAUGUCUGCCUGAAAUUGACCAAAGAGGUAUUAACCAUACAGAAGCUGGAUGUGGUUUGCACAAGUGGAAGUGAGUCCCAAGUAAAUCACAGAACUGUUGUACUCCGAAGACAAGCGACUGGCGGUCUGGGCUUAAGCAUCAAAGGAGGUGCAGAGCACAACGUGCCUGUGGUUAUUUCAAAGAUUUUCAAAGAUCAAGUAGCCGAUCAGUCGGGGAAGCUAUUCAUCGGGGAUGCUGUGUUGCAGGUCAAUGGCAUAAAUGUAGAGCACUGUACCCAUGAGGAAGUUGUUCACCUCUUGCGAACCGCAGGAGAUGAGGUCACCAUCACCGUUCGCUACCUGCGAGAAGUUCCAUCAUUUCUAAAACUGCCUCUAGGUUCUCCUGGGCCGUCCACAGAUCACAGCAGAGUAUCCUCUCCCCUCUUUGACAGUGGCUUACAUUUAAAUGGCAACGGAAACAACACAGCUCCAUCACCCCCUUCGCCCUCAGCUAAUGAACCAAAGUAUGAGAAGCGCUGGCUGGAUGCUGUCUCCCUGCCCUUGUUGAUGGCCAGAGUCUCCAGAUACAAAGCUGGCACAGAUAAAUUAAGGUCCAACUGUUUUGAAGUCUUCGCCUUGGAUGGAGCCAGCACCAAUAUUCUUCAAUUUUGCACUGCAGCAGAAAGCACAGACUGGCUCCAAGCAAUAUCAACAAAUAUCAGUGACUUGACGCAGGAAAACAUAAAGAUUAUCAACAAAUACUGUGCGUCAGAUGAUCAGAUUGUUCACAUGGGCUGGGCGUGUGAAAGCCCCGAGGGCAGCACUGCUGAUCGAAGUGCAGUAUUCAAGUUCCUGGCACUGAGAGGACCAUAUUUUUAUAUCUUCAGAAGUCCCCCGACCGGUGCUGCUGACUGGGGACAAGCUGAAACAACGUAUAACCUCUAUGAGGUUCUUUUCAAGGUUCACAAGCUGUGGAUGGCAGAGGACUGCUGGCUUCAGGCGAGACUCUACUUAGGGCUGGAGCAUUCACCUGAGCAGCAGGACAAUGACUCUCUGUGCUUCAGCAUUCUGGUCGGCCACGGCCAGAGCCACACCUUCAGGGUAGAGCUGGCCACUGACCUGGCUAUCUGGGAGAAGUCCUUCCAAAGAGCUGUCUUCUUGGAAGUGCAGCGAAUACGAUCCAAAAGCUACAUGUGCAGCAGCCAGGGGAAUGUACUGUGCUUCACCAUAGAUUUUGGAUUGGGCUUUACUUGCUCAGAAGGCACUUCAAAGACUGUACUGUGGCGGUAUAAGUUCUCUCAACUUAAAGGCUCCUCUGAUGAUGGGAAAACCAGGGUAAAACUCCUUUUCAAGAAUGCUGACAGCAAGCAAAUAGAAAUGAAGGAACUAGAGUUUGCUAAUCUGACAGCCGUCCUCCACUGCAUACAUUCUUUUAUCGCUGCCAAAGUGGCCUCCAUGGACCCUCUCUUUAUGUGCAGUCAAAGCUUCCCUGGAAAUUACAUGAACAGUUAAGAAGACGUGUCCUCAUCGUCAUGUGCACCUGAGGCAAAUCAGCAGUAUUUUAUGCACAGAGCCAAUUGAUAUGUAUAUCUUGUUCUUGCUAUUUUUGUAUGAACUACUGAAAAAGAAAUAUUUGUAAUAGAGGUAGAUAAUGUGUGAAUUAAUGGUGGAAGGAAGAUUUUAUUUAAGUUUUGACAAGUAGGAAAAAUCAACAUCUACAUUUAUUUAAGUUUUCCCUGUCAUUGCAUCAGGAACAGUGAUUCUCAUACCCGGUUACUUGUCUAAUCUGUCACUUUGAAAGGUAGCAUCCGUGCGACCAUAUAGUGUGUAACUGCCAUACAUUUGAUAAUAUGACACAGGUUGCUGAAGAACUGGGAAUUCUAUUCUAGUGAGAAGGUACAUUUUAACUGGCUGCAAGAAUCUGGCGCUGGCUCACUGUCAUGGGAGGAGUUCACAAUUGCCCCAGGCUCUGUUUUCUUUACAUUUUACAGUUGAGCAGUAAUGAAAAGAUAACCCUUCUCUCUUUCUCUUUUGUCAUGUCACAAACACCUUACAUUAUAAUACAGUCCAGUCAGUCUCUAAAUAACCACUCAGUUGAAUCAAAACCCCUCUGAUAUGGCUCCAACUGAAAUGAAACAUAACAAGCUUCACACAGGCAGCAUUUACUGUAGGGCCCCUGCAUUGGCUUGGGUUAAAUGGUAUGAUGUUUGUACUAUUGUGUCCAUUUUAUGUAUCUAAUAAACCCAACAAGCCUGAGUUCUAAAUCUCUCUGGCUAAUGAGGGCAUUUCAUUGAAAUGUUGCAUCUCAGCUUCAUAUUGUUAUGGAUCCACUUUUAUCAUCUCCCAUUCUCAUACAGUGGAAAAAACUAUAUAACAUCCUUUGCUUUAUGUAAUGGUUUCAUUGUUAAUAUACAUAUUUGCUGUGUUUUCAAUAAACUGCUCAUAAAGCACAACUGCCUAUUAUACGAGACAUGUCACAGCUCCCUGUUGCUUUGUAUGUCAACUUCGAAAGUGAAGGGGUGGCAGUGAAUGGAACUUUAGUAUCUGUUAGCCCAGUCACUAAACUGCUUAUCUCCUGCUUAGCUCUAUCUCAGUCGCCUGUUUGACUGCUGAAGACAAAAUAUAUGAUGACUUUCUUCUCUAAAUGGAUUAUGUUUUGCCAGAGAUUGUCUGAUUUUGUUGGAUGAGCCUGCCCCAGUCAUCAUGUGUAAUUUGGUAUAAAAUGAGCUGUGGCACAGCACUCAUUCAGCUAAUUGGUCCUGUCAACCAGAUGACAUCAUGAGGUUCAGUACGUGACAUUCAAAUAAACAAGUUUAUUUUAAGACUUAUUUUGAUAAGCAAGUUUAUUUUAAGGGAAUAUUUCAACAUUUGCUGAGAGUUGGUUGGUUUUACAAAGGGGUUAUGUUGUGGACCAUUUCUUAAAUGAACAAAAUGACUCUUGAUGUUGAACAUGACAUUGCCAGGCAACCUGCAGACACCACACAUUAACCCUCAGUAAACUGAAGCCCUCAGGAACAGAUAUGGGCUGUGAAAUGAUUUUGACCAAACUGGGUUGCUUACAACUUCUGCUUCACCACGUGAUGGACUAAAAGCAUUUUUUUUCUAUACACGAUUAUUAGAAAGGGAGCGGCUGUGAAUACAAAUUUUUAUGAACAUGACAAACCACAGGAGACGUCACAAAAUCUUAUCAGAACUUGAUCCAUUUGGCCCAAUAACAUUUGGAGUCAAGUCUAAAGGAGCCAAAUGAUUAUUUUAUCCCAAUUUAUGGGAUAAUGUGGAGAAGGACACUUCUCCACACAAGCAGGCUAACACAACAGUAUGUGUUACUAGUGCACCAUGAAGGGCAUGAUCCCUCACUGGCUUCCUAUUGGCAAGUGAUGAAAGGUUGUGUUUGAUGGGCAUAUGGCCAAGCAUUGUUGCAGCAGACUGAACACUGGUUCUCUGGUGGUCUUUACCCUUUAUGCAUUGAUGUCUCUGUAUAUUUGCAUACUGGGCAGAAAUGGCCACCAGCAAAGAACCCUGGAAAAAGAAAAUUGGUUUGAAUGUCAGCAAGAAACCGUAUCAAAUACUCUAUUUCAAAGACAAUCUAAAAUCACAUGCUAAACAGUUAUACAACACUGCCAUUAAAAUAUAUUUUUUACUGCUUUCACUUUAGAUCUCACCAUAUAACAUAUUAUGUUAUAUUAGUAAUAUUUUAAAGAGAGUUGAGAAACACUCAACUGGGUGACAUAAUCGGUGCUGUCUCAUUGUCAUGUAUUGCAUACAACAACAUGAGCCUGGAGGUCAUCAAUUAUGUAAAAGCUUAAAGGAUUGAUCAUGACGCUUGAUCCGUUUUGGCCAAACCUGCUUGAUGGGCUACAUUUCUCACCUCUGUUUACCAACCAAGGAAAUUAAUUUUAGGUUGUUGUGGUGCCUUGUUGAUGACACUAGUUUAGCAACCACAUGGAAUCCGUUCACACCCUAGCAUGUUAUUUAGGUACCUGCCCUACCCAGUAACACUGGGCUUGGCCAGCCCUGGGAACCCUCAGUUUGGUUGUUAAGGCAUUACACGGGCCAACGUGAUUUUAUUUUGGACCUUUACGUCAGCGAGUUGCGGAGGAUACAGGGUUAUUUAGAACAACCUACAAGCUCUGAAUGUGUGAUCACUGCUUAUCACUGAGCUUAAGCUGACAUGAUACUACCUUGACUAACCUUACCUUGACUAACUUCAUUUAAGGAAUAUGAAAUAAACUUCAACAUACUGAA